ACUUUGCCCUAAAUAUUUUUUAUCAAACGAUUCUCCUCUUUCUCUCUCUUUGUCACUCUCUUUCAGUAAAACUAUGGGGAGCUCAGCCAACAACGGCAGCCGCCUAGCUACGAGCAAUGGAUUACCCAAAGUCGACAAAGAGGUCGACUUCGCCAACUAUUUCUGCACCUACGCAUACCUCUACCACCAGAAGGAAAUGCUCUCUGACCGAGUUCGAAUGGACGCUUAUUACAAUGCCGUUUUCGAGAAUAAACAUCAUUUCCAUGGCAAGACCGUUCUGGAUGUAGGAACUGGUAGUGGCAUUCUUGCCAUAUGGGCUGGCCAAGCUGGUGCUGCGAAAGUUUAUGCAGUUGAAGCAACCAAAAUGGCAAACCAUGCCCGUGAACUUGUUAAAGCAAAUAAUCUUCAAGGUGUGAUUGAAGUGAUUGAGGGUUCAAUAGAAGAUAUCAUCUUGCCAGAGAAAGUUGAUGUUAUUAUUUCGGAAUGGAUGGGGUAUUUUCUUUUGAGAGAAUCCAUGUUCGAUUCAGUAAUAUAUGCUCGUGAUCAUUGGUUGAAGCCAACUGGUGUCAUGUAUCCUAGCCAUGCUAGGAUGUGGUUGGCACCUAUCAGGUCAGGCAUAAGAGAUCAGAAAAUGAAAGACUAUGAAGGAUCCAUGGAUGACUGGCAUCAAUUUGUUGAUGGAACAAAAACAUAUUAUGGGGUUGAUAUGAGUGCCCUGACAAAGCCUUUCUUUGAAGAGCAGAACAAAUUCUAUUUGCAGACAUCCAUGUGGAGCAACCUUCAUCCUAAUCAAGUUAUAGGAACUGCUGCUGUGAUAAUGGACAUUGAUUGUUCAAAAGUGACUGUAGCUGACAUCCUAAAUGUUAGGGCCAACAUCUCAUCACGUAUCUGUGCAGAGGACACUAGGCUGUGUGGUUUUUCUGGAUGGUUUGAUGUUCAUUUCCGAGGAAGCCAAGAUAAUCCAGCUGCAAAAGAAAUUGAAUUGACAACAGCUCCUAGUGAAGAGAAUGGAACACACUGGGGCCAGCAGGUGUUUCUAUUGCAUCCCGCAUUUUUUGUUAGUCAGGGUGAUGAAUUAUGUCUUACAUUCUCAAUGGAGCGUUCUAAAGAAAAUCAUAGGUUGCUGGAGGUUGAACUUGGCUGUGAUAUUAAAAGAACUUCUGGCAAGCCGGUUGCACCAUUCACCAAGAAAUUUUACAUCGAAUGAGGAAUUGGAAGGAUUUCACUAAUGACAAUCCUGGUAUGUCCUUGACUAGAUGUUCUGUAUCCA